CCAACCUCUGAACAAAAUCCUCCCACCAUCUGUUGUGUCACUUCUGCUGGAGACUCUGCAGGAACCGAGGACAGGCUGACAGCAGGUAAAGGAAAGGCCGAUACCAUGGAAAUCGCUUCAAAUCAGAAUGUGGAGUUUGUGCGAACGGGCUACGGCAAGAACAUGGUGAAGGUGCUGGUGAUCAGGAGACAAGGGAGCCACCACUACAUCAUCGAGCUGACAGCUGACGUGCAGCUCACACUCAAAACACGCAAGGAUUAUUUACAAGGAGACAACUCGGACAUCAUCCCCACAGACACCAUCAAGAACACUGUGCAUGCUCUGGCCAAGCUGAAGGGGGUGAAGACCAUUGAGGAUUUUUCUCUAGACAUUUGCAAUCAUUUCCUGACCUCUUUCAACCAUGUGCUGAGGGCCAAGGUUCACAUGGAGGAGGCUCCUUGGAGGAGGCUGGAGAAGAAUGGAGUCCAGCAUGCUCAUGCAUUCAUCCUCAGUCCAGAAGCUUGCCACUUCUGUGAUGUAGAGCAGAACCUCAAUGGCAUACCUGUGGUUCAUAGUGGGGUGAAGAACAUGACAGUGCUGAAAACCACCCAGUCUGGUUUUGUGGGUUUCCUGCGAGACCGCUUCACUACCCUGCAAGAGGCCAAGGAUCGGUGUUUCUGCACCUCUGUCUAUGCUAGGUGGCGCUACAGCAAGAUUCAGGGUCUGGACUUUGAUGCUGCAUGGAAUUGUGUGAAGGAGACAAUUAUUGAGAAGUUUGCGGGGCCUUAUGAUAUUGGAGAGUUCUCACCGUCUGUUCAGAAGACCCUUUACGAAACACAGGUCUUGGUGCUGGAUAGAGUUCUUGAAGUGGAUGAAAUAGAGAUCGUCAUGCCAAACCAGCACUACUUCACCAUAGACAUGACAAAAAUGGGCAUCAGCAACAAAGAUGAAGUUCUUCUCCCCCUGGACAAUCCUUCUGGCAACAUAACAGGGACAGUGCGCAGAAAACAGGCCAAGCUGUGAAGUCCUGACAGAAAACAACAUACUAUCUGAACAAGCAGAUUUACUACAAAAGCACGUAGAGCUUUUCAACAACUCAUAAAGCUAACACACCCUUCAUUUGAAUAAAAGCAGAGAUGUACAGAUACA